AUGGCCCGCGUAGGCCAUCUGGAGAGCCAAAUGUCUAUCAAACUGUCGACUCACGCGGUCCUCUUCUUGGGAACACCCCAUCAAGGCGGCCAGGGCGUAUCGAUUGCCGAGAUUGUAACCAAGCUGAUGGCUACUUUCACGUACACUAACAAAAGGCUGAUUGAGCAAAUCAAACCGAACUCGGAAUGGCUCCAGGAUUUUCAAUCAAGAUAUAAUGCCAUAAGUCAGGAAUUCAAGACCGUCUUCUUCUACGAAACCAAGCCGAUGUCGGUACCGGUACUGGGGUAUCUACUCAUAGUGCCCCGAUCCUCUGCCGUUGUGUUCGGGGCUACCAAUGCUGAGGAGGUAGCACUUGCUGCUGAUCAUUCCACAAUGGCAAAAUUCACCAGCCUCCAGGAUCGAAACUUCAGAAAAGUUGGAGACAGAAUCGUUUUGCUCUUCAGAUCUGCUGGAUUGGCUACAAGGGGAAAUUGGGCCAGAUGGGAAGUAGAAAAGACAUACCAACUGGACUCGCAUACGGUAAAAUCCACGGGCAAAACCUCGAGAGAAUUCAAUGUCGGCGUUACCAUUGCUGGUGGCUGGAACGAUCAUUUCACAGGACGUCAGAAAACCUUACUGCAUCUGGAUGACAUCCUUAGACCAGUAUCGAAUCGCAGUGCUCUCAAAAUAGUUGUCAUUUACGGACCCGGAGGUGUGGGAAAAACACAAGUGGCGCUAGAGUACGCUAAUAGACACCAAGGCGACUUUGCCUCGAUCUUCUGGAUUGAUGGAAAUCGCAAAGACACGGUCGAUACCAGCAUCAGAAAAUUUCUCGAGGACAUCACGAACCACUACCGUAGCCACGAUCUGGUCGAAAGCCCUCGCUACAAGCUUCUCAGCGACACCAUUGAGAGUUUGAACAAGAAGAGAAAUCCCGCAAAGGACUCUCCCUCAACAUCUCCUCCCCCCGAGUUGGUGGCGAAGGACGCAUUUUUUAAAUGGCUAUCCUUCGAAGAGAACCGGUCGUGGCUUCUAAUUAUUGACAACAUGGAUGACCUGGAAAGUGUCAAGUUGCGUGAUCUACUGCCGACAACCACCUGGGGCACCAUUCUCGUUACCAGUAGAAGAGCGGAUCUUGCCGUCAACUGGGAGUCGAUUCAACUACUUGAGAUGGAGCACGAUGACGCAUUUUCUCUUUUGGAAGAAUGUAGUGGGCUGACUUUGGUCCAUGAAACAGCGGGUAAGAGACCGAGAAGAAAAACAACGAGGCUUUUCAGAGUGUGA